CGAGGCCUGUUGCUAAGCAAUGCCGGAGGGCCGAUUGGCCGCCAUGCUGAUGCUGCGUGGUCACAGGGCCGCUCUUAAAGCUAAGAACUUACCCCUUGUCACCGCCAUUCAGUUUCCCCGCCGCAGCCAUUUCACCGAGCGCUCAGUCGGCCGCCCUCACUCGCCUUCUCCUCAUCCACCCUUCGCCUCUGGACCGGCAGCUCGGCUGUUGCCCCGACGUUUGACCACCAUGGCAGAGGAGAGUAUGGCAAAGAGGAUGGUCUGGGUGGACCUGGAGCUGACCGGAUUGGAUGUAGAAAAAGACAAAAUCAUAGAAAUGGCUUGCAUUAUAACCGAUUCAGAAUUGAAUAUAUUGGCUGAGGGUCCACACUUGAUUGUUAACCAACCAAAUGAGCUCCUGGAUGGCAUGUCAGAAUGGUGUGUGGAACACCAUGGAAAGUCGGGUCUCACACAGGCAGUGAAGGACAGCAAAAUCAGCCAGCAGCAAGCAGAAUAUGAAUUCCUGUCCUUUGUACGUCAGCAUAUCCCUCCGGGCCACUGUCCUCUUGCAGGAAGUUCAGUCCAUGCUGACAAAAAAUUUCUCGACAAGUAUAUGCCACAGUUCAUGGAGCACUUGCAUUACAGAAUAAUUGACGUCAGCACCAUCAAGGAAUUGUGCAGACGCUGGUACCCAGAUGAAUUUGAAAAUGCACCAAAGAAGAAAUUUUCCCAUAGAGCGUUGGAUGACAUCCGUGAGAGCAUCAAAGAGCUGCAAUAUUAUAGGAUGCAUGUAUUUAAAGAAAGCAAAGCAGAGGAGAAGAAAAGAAAAACACACUUCGAAAAUGGUGAUAAAACCAAGCGAGAGAGUCUGAAUCAAGAGGCUAAUAACUAAGAGACACAAACAGCUCUCCCAACUUAUCUGAAAUGUCCAUUUGCCCAAUACUUGCUUAAAUAUGCAAUAUGAUUAGUGACAGAUAAAAGCAACGACUAAACCUGCUUCUGUUUAGUCUUGUUUCAAUUGUUUUUCUGAGCAAUUGCUAUGAAACCAUAGUAAUUAGCUCUUUUCUGUUUUAACUGGAACCUUUAACUUUUAGACGUUAGCAGUUGUAUAAUUUAGAACACUUGCUUUAAAUUUGAACAUUGCAUAAAUCUUGCAUCAACUAAUUUUCAGGGAGAGGUGGUAUUUCGUUAAGCUACAAACUACAAAGAGUAGUGCAUGCUCAGUGACUUAGGUUUUUUUUGGCUGAUCCCAAGAUGCUUUAUUUUUUUAAAUCAUGUGUUGACCAUGGAUAAGGACAUGUUCUGCUUACUGGAGCCUUUUACAUUAAUGGUUUCACUCGGCCUCAGCUUUGAUAUAUGCCAUGUAACUUAAAGAAAAAAACGUUAAAUGUAAACCAUUUUUAUUCUGAAUUAAACUCUGUAAUAACAAA